AUGCGCCCGGGAACAACUCUCGCAGCGCUCCUCGGGGCCGCCGGCGCCGCCGAGGCGCUGCACCAGUUCGCCCCGCGAUCCCGAUCUGCCAAAGAGGCCGGCCCCGGCGAUACGGCGCCGAAGCGGUACAUCGUCGAGUACAAGUCCCGCGUCCACGUCGCCCGCGUCGCCGCGAGGAUCGCCGCCAGAUCCGCCGGCGGCCUCCGCGGCCUCCGCGUCGUCAAGGAGUUCGACUCGGACAUCUUCCCCGGCGUCACCGUCGAGUGCGAGCGCGAGACCGAGAGCGAGUGCAGUCCCGGCUCGGUGCAGCGUGCGCUCGACAGCCACGGUGACGGCGAGGCGGUCGUCGCCUCGGUGUACAAGGCGCAGAUUCUGCAGAUCCUGCCGACGGUCGAGGGCGAGUCGUUCAGCGACGAUGCCGCCGCGGUGAACUACUCGGUCCAUGGCCUCACGGGAGUCGAAAAGCUGCACGAGGACGGUAUCCUCGGCGAGGGGGCCACGGUGGCCAUCGUCGACAGUGGUGUCCAGUACACUCAUCCCGCGCUCGGGGGCGGCCUCGGCCCAGAGUACACGGUCACCGGGGGCUACGAUCUCGUCGGCGAUGCCUGGCCGAACGUGCCGGCCCAGCCGGACAGCGACCCGAUGGACCAGUACGGUCACGGAACCCACGUCGCCGGCAUUAUUGCCGGGAAGAGUGACAAGUUUGUCGGAGUUGCUCCCAAAGCCAAGCUGCUUUCUUUCAAGAUAUUCGGCAGCACCGGCUACUCCAACGAAGAGACCGUCAUCGAAGGUUUCCUCAAGGCCUUCGACUCUGGUGCCGACAUCAUCAGUGCCAGCGUCGGGGAGGGCAGCGGCUUCACCACCAACGCCCUCGCCGUCGUAGCCUCGAGGAUCGUCGACAAGGGCGUCGUCGUGGCUUUCGCCUCCGGCAACUCCGGCGAGGACGGCCCAUUCCAGAUGGCCAACGGCGCGUCCGGCGAGAGUGUCUUGACCGUCGCCGCAUCCGACCCCGGAGUGUUUCCCGCCCAGGCGUUCACGGCCGACUUCAACCUGAACGGCACAUCCAACAAGACCCAGAUCGCCUACGUGCCCGGCUCCGGCUUCUUCCCGAACACAAUCGUCGACUGGCCCAUCACACCCAUCUCCCUCAACGCCUCGAUCGAGAACGACGCCUGCCAGCCCCUCCCCAAAGACACGCCCCGGCUGAACGAGACCAUCGUGCUCGUCCGCCUCGGCGGCUGCACCACGACCGACAAGCACAACAACGUCGCCGCCCUCGGCGCCCAGCUCGUGCUCUUCUACAACGAUGGCGAGAUCUACAAGAGCCCCGUCAGCUCCGGCCGCGUCGGGCUCACCGGCGCCGUCGAAGCCGCCGCCGGCGAGGCCAUCGUCAAGACCAUCCUCGCCGGAGGCACCGUCAAGGCCUCCUUCGACGUUGACACGGAACACUACGUCGGCAUCCGCAACGCUGGCGGUGGCCGGCCCGCCAGCUACUCGUCCUGGGGCAGCACCUUCGACCUCGCCCUCAAGCCCGACGUCGCGGCCCCGGGCACCCGCAUCCUGAGCACGUACCCGACCGACGGCUACCGCGUCCUCAGCGGCACGAGCAUGGCAACGCCCUACAUCUCCGGCAUCGCCGCCCUCUGGGUCGGCCGGUUCGGCGGCCGCGCGGCGCACAAGGACGACCCGGAGUGGGCCCGCCGGCUCAUUGCCCGCAUCACAACGACGGCCCGCGCCGUCCCCUGGGCCGACUGGUCCACCAGCGCCACCGACUACGGGUUCUGGGCGCCCACGACCCAGGUCGGCGGCGGCUUCGUGGACGCCGGCAGGGUCCUGGGGUACACCACCGAGCUGGGCUUCGACGGCCGCAAGUUCGAGCUCAACGACACGGCGCACUUCACGGGGACGCACGCGGUGGACCUUACGAACCGCGGCGACGAAGCCGUCACGUACACGUUCUCCCUGCAGGACGCCGGCGGGUACGAGGCCUACAAGCCCUCUACGCCCGGCGAGGUGCGGUCCUUCGUUCCGGGCAUUAAUCUGUACGCCGAGACAGUCCCUAUCAAGCUUACCCCCGAGGUCUUGCUGCCGCAGGAGAUCACUGUGGCGCCGGGCGAGACCACGUCUGUCGAGUUCUCAUUCAGCGUCCCAGAGGGCGCCAACCAAAAGGCCUUGCCAGUGUACAGUGGUAAAGUCCUCAUCAGCGGCAGCAACGGCGAAGAGCUGGGCAUUCCCUACUUUGGUGUCGCGUGUGACCUCAGGGAAACCAUUGAGAACAUCUGGGCCUACGGAUGGAAUUAUCCCUUCCUCAUGUCCGGCGUAACGGAUACCAGGAUCGAACAAAAGUCCAAACAUCAAGGCCCCACAAGCUCACGCAUUAUAACCAGCUUCACUUUCAACCUCACCCGAGAUGCACGCGACUUCCCGAGGCUCAACACCAUGCUUGUUUGGGGAACUACCGAGUUCCGCUGGGACGUCUUCUCCGGGAAUUACACUGAAGCCCAGUGGUCCUACCCGCCGGUGGCCGGCCAGAAGGGCUUCGUCGGCUCGGCCACCAGCUGGAACGGCACAGCGGAUUUCUCCUCGUUCGACCCCAGCCAGGACAAUGAGGAUGACAUCUUCUCAUUCCCCCUUUACUCCCAGUCCCGAGGAACUCCCAAGUUGUACAACUGGCUCGGUCGCUUCGCCGACGGGUCCCGCGUUCAGCCGGGCUCGUACAAAUUCAGAAUCGCCGCUCUGAGGCCCUUUGGACUUCCAGAGGUCUCGGGGGACUGGGAUAUCUGGGAAACCCCGUCCAUCACCGUCCUGCCUUUGGACAAAUGA